UUGGAGCGCGAGUGCAACAUUGUUGAAUUGUUCGGGCAUACGGUUGAUCCUCGAGCUAAGCGGAGGGAGCCGAGGGGCAACUGCUGCGUGGUGUGUGGCAGCAGCACACACCCAAUGUUUGUGUUUUCGAAUAUCUCGGGAGGGUAAUAUCGGCGUGAUAGAAUAACACGGUAGAAAAAUGUUCGUAACAAGCUAGAAGAUAAAGGAUGUAGCCUGUCCGAUAUCGAGUAUCAAGAUGUGGACACCGACCAAGACGACGAAGUAUGGCGUUGCCCUCUAUAACUGGAGAGGAGACACGCGGUAUGGUUUGCCAUUGGAAAUUGGAGAGACUGUCCAGAUUUUGGAGGAAUGCGCUGGAUGGUUUCGGGGAUUCACAACGAAAAAUCGUACGGUCAGAGGGAUUUUUCCAAGCUCUUACGUACAGCUGAAAGCUUGCAAAAUUGAGAAUGAGGGAUUAUUCGAAUCGGUUAUACCUCUGGAGGACCCUGUUGUUCGAGAAGUUACUUUGGUACUCAGAGAAUGGGGAGGAAUUUGGAAAAGACUAUACGUGGAAAGAGAAACGUACAAAUUCAACACCCUGCGAAAAGUGAUGCGAGAAUUGUUGGAAUGGAGGCGGCAACUUUUGGGCGGCACACUGACAAGCGAUCAAACUCGGGAGCUGAAAUUACGAAUAAUCAACAAAGUGGACUGGGGAAAUCGAAAACUCGGCUUGGACCUUGUGCCUCGGCAAGGAUCACAUAUGGUAGAUCCCGAUACGAUGUCUGUCAUCGAAUUAUACCACGUGCACGUCCAAAGCGCGGAAAAUUCUCAGGGUGCAUCAGCGCGCGGAACGCUGAGGCGUAAGGAACACAAGAAAGUAUUGACUCAUCACUUGUACUUCAGUAUGCGUGAUUUCGGGCACACAAUCGGAGAAGAUGUUGAAAUUUAUUUUUCACUAUACGACGCAAGGCAUUCUCAGUACCUGAGCGAAAGAUUUUUAGUCAGAAUAUCAAAGGAAGGUUUUUCCAACUAUGUUGAAAAAUUACACAGUAACUGUACAAUUUUUACUGACCUCGGUAACGCCGAUUUGAGCAAAGAUUUGUACAUGGUUGCCCACGUAAUGAGAUGCGGACGCAUGCUGUACUCGGAUUCAGGAAAAAAUAAGGCUUGCAGCACCGUUUAUCGGAGGCCACACGGUGUCGCUGUUUUGUGUUUAGCUGAAGCCACGCAGGAUCACAGUGAAGAAUCGGAAAUGACUUUUAAGGUCUAUCAGGGGGAGGAAAAGGAAUUUCAUCAAUUGCACGAGCAGAUAAUUCGAAAUAACAAAUGUUCCCCUCUAACGGGACAGCCAAAUUAUGGCAUCGUGGCAUCUCUGCGUGUUUUGCAUGGAGAGUUGUCUCAGGUUCGAGAAGAGCAUCCUUUAUUAUUCAAAAAUAUUUGCCUGACGAAAAAGCUCGGAUUUUCUGACGUCAUUAUGCCCGGUGAUGUGCGCAACGAUUUGUAUUUAAAAUUGGAAAGGGGAGAGUUUGAGCGUGGUGGAAAAUCAACUGCUAAAAAUAUAGAGGUGACCAUAUUAAUGCUGGACGCGGAAGGCCAGCCCUUGGAAGGUUGUUUAUUCGGAGCAGCUGGCAUGGACGCGAGUUCGGAAUACCAAAGUCUUGUUAUCUAUCACUACAAUAGUCCAUCAUGGGCUGAAACAAUCCGGCUUGCAAUUCCAAUCGAUAAAUUUUACGGCAGUCACGUACGAUUAGAAUUCAGACACUGUUCCACCCGUGAAAAGAACGACAAGAAGUUGUUUGGGUUUGCGUUUGUUCGUUUGAUGGAACCGGGUGGAGCCACACUGCAAGAUGGUCAGCAUGAACUCUACAUCUAUAAGUGUGAAGAUCGCGCGAAGCUGGACACUCUCAGUUAUCUGUCGUUACCAAGUAGCGCUCGAGAACCUAAUUCUCCAGGCACACCGCCAUUCACGAGAUCGCACAAAGAGGCAGUAUUUGUGCACUCUUUACUCUGCAGUACAAAACUAACACAAAAUGUUGACCUGCUAAGUCUUCUACAGUGGAAAGAGCAUCCGGAAAGAAUAUCGGAAGCCUUAGGAAGAGUAUUGAGAUUAGGGGGCGAGGAGUUGGUUAAAUUUCUUCAAGAUAUACUGGACGCAUUGUUUUCCAUGUUCCAUACAGAAGAUGGAAACUCGACGGCUCACUCCGGCUUGGUAUUUCAAGUCCUUGUUUCGAUAUUCAGUCUGUUAGAGGAUCCAAAGUUUGAGCACUUCAAACCUGUCAUGGAUGCCUACAUAUCAGGUCAUUUUGCAGCCGCUUUAGUUUACAAAGGGCUAUUGAGCAGUGUGCAGCACUGCGCUGACUGGGUGACUGCUGCUGAGAAACAAGAACCGAUUAUGAAGUGUUUUAGAUCUCUGGAAUACAUAUUCAAAUUUAUUAUCCAAAGCCGUUUGCUGUUCUCGAGAGCAACCGCGGGUCAAUACGAAGACAGCUUCAAGCGAGAUUUAUACUGUGUGUUUGCGGCGCUGAAUAAAAUGCUGAGUAUAUCAUCUGACGUUGUACUUUUGUCGCAAGUGGCUCUGCUUCUCUCAAUUUCGGCAGUUUUUGAACAACUUGUUGCCGUUUUACCGGUUCUAGAAGUGGCCAGACUAACAUGUCAAAUGCUUGAUUCGCUGCCGCGAGAACCACCACCAGAGUUAAUGCGGUCUAAACUCACGGCCAUAAAAAAUAUUGUCACAUCUCAGCUAUUCCAAGAUGAUGAGAGCAGAAAUUUAUUAUUGACCACAAUUUGCAGACAUCUAAGGGUACACUUGGCCAGAAGAGAGGAACUCAGAGCUUGCACGGACAUUUUAGGGGAGCUUCUCAGCUUCCUCUAUAAACGAGCACACGAUACAAACAAAGUUAACAAUUGCAUACACCAUGACGUUGAGACUCUGUGUCUUUCGACAUUGGAUAUCUUGAUUCAAACGAUUUUGAUCGUGAUUGAUUCUAGCUGUCCCAAUUUGGGAUGUCUUGUCGGUUGUUUAAUUGGUCUUCUUCAGCUCCUCGAUGAGUAUCACUAUUCAAGACUGUGGGAAGAAUUGACCCACAGCGGUGAGCGAAAACCAUUGAAAGAUUUUCUUUUAAGAGUGUUUCUAGUCUUCAGAGACUUGGUCAGACAAGAAAUAUUCCCUCCUGAUUGGUUAGUGAUCAGAAUGCAAGCAAAUAACAUCAUUUUGAGGUCGUUGCAAGAGCUGGCGCAACCGUUGGCCUUCAGAUUUUUACACGGCAGCUUUGACUCUCAGCUCUGGUUGACCUAUUUCAAUUUGGCUGUGGCCUAUUUGACCCAACCGUCGCUUCAGCUGGAACAAUUCUCUGAAGUCAAGAGGGAAAAGGUUGUUGAGAAAUACGGUGACAUGAGAGUUUUGAUGGGAUUUCAAAUACUAUCCAUGUGGUCGCAUUUGGGUGAACGAAAAUUGGACUUUAUUCCUGGAAUGGUGGGACCGUUUCUAGAAGUUACUCUAGUGCCGGAGAGCGAGCUGAGAAAAGCAACUUUACACAUAUUUUUCGAUAUGAUGGAAUGUGAACAGCGCGCUAGAGGCAGUUUUAAAUCUGUCGAAUCAGAAUUAAUCGAUAAACUCGACAUUCUAAUCAGCGAGAACAAGGGUGACGACGAAUAUCGACAGUUAUUCAAUACCAUGGAGCACCUCAGUGCCGUAUUGCUGGAUAGAGUUCAGUCCGAAGAUCCAACGUGGAAAGACAGUGGUACAGCAUUUAUCACGUCUGUAACACGAUUGCUGGAAAGAUUGCUAGAUUACAGAAGCGUUAUUCAAGGCGAUGAGAACAGAGAUAAGCGAAUGUCUUGCACCGUCAAUUUAUUGAACUUUUACAAAAACGAAUUCAAUCGAAAGGAAAUGUAUCUACGCUACAUCUAUAAACUUCAUGACUUGCAUCUGGCAGCUGAAAACUAUACAGAAGCCGGCUUUACGAUGAAAUUAUACGCUGAUCAGCUAGGAUGGGGCGCAACAAUGUUACCACCUGAUCACGCACAUCCUCAGCAGCCAGAAUGGCAAAGGAAAGAAUUGCUCUAUCACCAGAUAAUUCAUUAUUUCGAUAGAGGCAAAUGUUGGGAGAAAGGAAUACCCCUGUGCAAAGAAUUGGCUGUGUUAUAUGAAUCGAGAUUAUACGAUUACGCUAAGCUUAGUCACAUAUUAAGAACCCAGGCAAGAUUCUUGGAUAAUAUUCUUACACAACUGAGACCAGAGCCAGAGUACUUCAGAGUAGGCUUCUAUGGACUAAGCUUUCCGCUAUUCGUCAGGAACAAACUAUUCAUUUAUCGAGGUCUGGAGUACGAGAGGAUUGGCGCCUUUACUCAACGAUUGCAAACUGAAUUUCCAAGCGCACAAAUUCUGAUGAAGAAUUCACCACCCGACGAAACUAUUAUUUCUUCCGAGGGCCAAUUUAUUCAAAUCUGCAAUGUUAAGCCAAUACCAGAGGAGGGAAGCCUUGGUUACGGUAUGACGGAAGUUCCCGAGAGAAUAGUGGCAUUUUACUUGGUGAACGACGUUCGAAAAUUCACGUUCGAUCGUCCUCUGCAUCGAGGUCCAGUUGAUAGGGAAAACGAGUUCAAAUCUUUGUGGAUCGAACGGACAUUGCUAACGACAGAAGCAAAACUUCCUGGCAUACUUAGAUGGUUCGAAGUGAUAGAAAAAAGAACCGAGCUUCUCGCUCCAGUACAAUUUGCCUGCGAGACAAUGCAAUCUGUGGAACGUGAAUUGCGAAAACUUGUUGCCCAGUAUACGGCAGAACCCCACAGAAAUAUCAAUCCGUUUAGCAUGAGGCUACAGGGAAUAAUUGAUGCCAAUGUUAUGGGUGGAAUAACGAAAUAUGAGGAAGCAUUUUUGACGCCAGAAUUCUCGAGGCAAAACCAGGAUGCUAUUCCCCAUGUAAACCGUCUAAGAAGUUUGAUUCUCGAUCAAAUGAGCGUUCUGGAAUCAGGUCUACUCUUGCACGGGCAACUCGCUCCUGCCGGUGUACAACCUUUGCAUAAAAGACUGAUCGAGAGAUUUACUCAAUUGAAACAAGGCUUGGGACCUUUGGCAAGGCAGAGAACGAUGCACCAAGACAGCAUCAUCAAUUCACCAUUACCGCCAUUGCCAACAAAUGAGAAGCAGCGUCCUGCUACUCUGGAAACAGCUGGUUCCAGAAUAUCUCACACGGACAGUGAAGGGCAGAUGGAAGACGAAGGAUUUUACACCAGAGUUGAUGGCGCUCCACCUCCGAUUCCGCAAAGAGAAGUGAGACCACGUUCUGUGGGCUAUGGAACCACCCCGCCAAGACCGACCCAUCAAAGAUCUCUGAGUAAACCCAUCAGCCCAAAGUUACCUCUGAGACAUUCUUUGCCAACACCAACGGAUGGAAGUGAUCAGACUAGUAUGAGGAACUCGUGGAGUGAACCGGGACCUGAACCAGCUCCGCCGUUGCCACCCAGAGGUUGCACUCCAGAUAAGAGAGAAUCGAAUACAAGUUCCGUCGGUCCACCUGCUCCACCCAAGCGUCUUACACACAAACGUACAUCGGAUUGGUAUACGGAGGACGAUACGGAACAGCAGAGCGACCCUAAUGACCUGAGAGAUAGCGGUAUUUCGACGGCCAGCCUUUCGGACUUCCAAUCUCACCUAACAAAUCUGAAUAACCUAAGCUACGAGGAUUUUGAGCCCAGGGCAAGGUGCAAUGAUGUUAUGAACAUUUCUCCACCUACUGUGAUAAACGCUCUGAACGUUUCACUAACUAAUUUUUCUAAUAGCACAUUCCAAAGCUCGCAUACUUUUCAAAGUAGCUUCCAAGAGAUAAGUCCACCGCCUAUACCUCCUAAAGCACAUCAAGACACUCCAUCAGCUCCGUCAACUUUGGAAAGGGUCACGAGUCGUUCCCAGAUAUCUGGCCACACUGAAAACUACACAGUACCCAAGUUGCAAACACUUUCUGUAGCUUCUGAUACAGAGAGUAGUGUUUAGCAAUGAUAUUACGCUAGUCUCUUAGUAUUUAGUAGCGGUGUGCGGGAGUCCAAAAGACAA